CCUUUGUGUCCCCCGUUCCUCGCACUGCUCAGCCCUGCUGUUGCCCUUGCCAUUGUCAUCAUGUCGCACCUUUCAUUUUCACAGCUCGAUCACCUGACCCUGUCUGUUGAUCAUACCCUCUACUCAAAGCUCAUGCUCAAGAUACACGAGCCAGCAUAACCCCCACACGAGAGCAACACUGACGGAGAUGGAACAGCACAAGAGCGACGACAAGACGAUGGCGCAUUGCCACAGCGAAGGUCGCAGCGACGUGAGCGACGAGCGCAUGCAGGAUGCGCAGCAGCAGGAGCAGCAGCAAGCCGCCAUCGAGGCGCAAUUGGCAGCCAUGAAGCAGAUGCUGUCCCGGCUCAUGGGCGUGCAAGCCAAAGCCGAGGAGAAACUCGCCAAUCUGCAGACUGCAGCGACGGCAGCAACACAAGCAGACAGACCAGAAGCAGACACAACAACAGCAACAGCAGCAACAACAGCAGACACAAUGACGACAGCAACAACAACAACACCAACAGCAGCAGCAGACGAGUGCAGCGCCACAUCGACGCGGUCCGCGACGCCUGAGGUCGGCGAUCGGGAUGAGGACGCACACGUCAAGCGAGCGGAGGCUGACGAGGCGGAGGAAGCGGGAGAAGGUGGCAUGGUUGUGAGGGAGGCAGAGGCAGAAAGCAACGACACGGUUCUUGCUGAAGAAGAAGAGCAGAGGGAGACGGGCGCCCAUGUGCAGAGCGGGGAGGAAGCUGACCUGACGCAGGGAGAAGCGCAGGAGAACGAGAAAUCCACAGAGGAAAGGAAUGAGAAGCAGGAGAAGGACGAUGAGGAGGAGAAGCUAGGUGUGUGCCCCGUGUUCACCAACGCACUGGUGUGCCUCAACCGGGCGUGGACCCCUCGACAGGAUCGUGUCGUUGAUUUCGCUGUGAACUUCCUGGGGAAGGACAGCGUAACUUUGCUCAUUGCAGUGCGCAACGUCGCACCCAAGAAGCACGUGUUUGUGCGGUACACAGACGACGCCUGGGCCACAUACAGCGAUGCGAAAGCAACACAAGUUGGCAUUCGCAAGAGCACCACCUCAGACGCAGCUGAACUCCAGUACAUGACCUUCUCGGCUGAUGUGGUCUUUGCACCGCACGUGCAUGAGGUGGAGCUGUGCAUCUGUUACCGCGCUGGCGAGCAGACGCACUGGAACAACAACGACGAGAUGAACUACAAGCUGUCGAUCAUUGGUGUCGACGCCAGUGCGCAGAGCAUGUUGCUGGAGAGCGUGAACGGCCACAAGGGCGAGUGCGAGCACUGCACCACAGUUGUUUCGAAGAACGGCGAAUGCCCCGUCUGCCUAACCCCAGACACCCUCCUCUACCCAAGUGUGCAUUCCUGGGCCUCUGAGCACUGGGUUACGCAGGGUUGUGGGCACAGCGCGUGCCGCGAGUGUUUGGCCAAUUGGUAUCGGGUGCAAGUGCUGGACGGCGCACGUGUCAUCCGCUGCAUCGCACCAGAUUGCGACCUGCAGGUCAAGCCGCCAGAUGUGCACGUGGUGGACGUUCUCCUUGGCGCCUUGUUUGUUAUGAACCAGCGUACCUCCCACGAGGGUCACUUCAAGGACAUGAUGCAAGACAGCGAGCUUGCGUGCUGGCUCAACGACAACGCGCGCAAGUGCCCGUCCUGUGCUGUUGCGGUGGAGCGUGAGACGGGCUGCAAUGAGAUGCUCUGCCACUGUGGUGCUCGCUUCUGCUACGAAUGUGGCGAAAGUCUCGAAGGCGGCACGUGCUUGUGUUCAGAAUACUAACUUGUGUGUGUGUGUGUGUGUGUGUGUGUGUGUGAGUGUGUGUGUGUGUGAGUGAGUGAGUGAGUGUGUGUGUGUGUAUGUAUGAUAUGUGUGUGUGUGUGUAUGAUAUGUGUGUGUGUGCGCGUGUGCGUGCAUUUGCUCUCCCCUCAUUGAUUUGAUUCCUUCACACACGUCAUUUCUGACCUCGCCCAUGAAUGAAUGAGCGAGCUGCAUAAUAAACAAAACCAAACGCUACCCGCGUGUAAUCGGCGGGAGUUGUGUGUAAGUCCGUGUACUGUCUUGAUGGAAACAAGAAAGCAGGCAAGCGAGC